CAGCUUAGUGACAACCGUCAAUGGAUGUAGUGAGUAAGCACAUGCAUUACUUCGGACUCCCUAUUGUGUUUCCGAAACUUGGUGUGCUGCAUUUAAGAAGUCCUCGGGCAGGCACAAGCUGAGGUUCAGCGACCACAAAUUCCGCAGCAGAAUCAUUCAACGUCAGCUCCGCCGCCGAAUCCGGCUGCAUUCUUGCCCAACAUUUGCGCACCCAGCCCAAACAAAGUACAUCACUACCUACCUAACCACGCUGAUCAUCAACUCCCACCAAAAGUCGCCAAGAUGGCGCACAACGAAGUCUUCCAGUAUUCCAUCAUUUCCGCCCUUGUGGAUGGCGUCGCCUCGCAUGGUACACCCAUUGCACGCAUCCUCGAACAUGGCGACCACGGUCUCGGAACCUUUCGGAACAUGGUCGGCGAGAUGAUUGUGCUCGAUGGCGAGGUUUAUCAAAUGAAGGCCGAUGGAUCCGUCGUGCACAUCAACCCCGAAGAAACCGUCACCCCUUUCGCCACCGUGACACGAUUUCAGCCCACCGUAGCGACGAGGGCCACAGUGGUCGGCAAGGCAGGCCUGGAAAAGUUGCUGACGGACUUGUUCCCGAAGGCACGAAAUCACUUUCUAGUGGUUAGAAUGGACGGCGUAUUCAAGGAGGUCAACGUGAGGACUGCCGGUGGACAGACCAAGGCUAGGGAAGGCAUGGUGUCUGUGUGCGCUCGCCAGACGACUCACACUUUCAAGAGCGUCAAGGGUACAAUCGUCGGGUUCAGAUGUCCGCAGUACGUAAUGGGCGUCAAUGUGGCCGGAGACCACUUCCAUUUCAUUGCCGAGGACAGGCAGCGGGGAGGGCACAUUCUCGCCGUUGAAACAGAGGGGGAUGUGGAUAUCUCGGCGGCGCAGAUGUCUAAAUUCCACUUGGAGUUGCCGACCGAGGAUGACGAGUUCAACGAGGCCGAGUUAAAGCUGCAGGCUCAGGACAUCAAGGCGGCCGAGGGAUGAAUGUAACAUCUAGCUGAAGGUACCUAAGGUAGUUAACAUUUUUUAACUAAAUAUGCCCACCCC